AUGUCUUCUACUUACGAGCUCAUGGCGGAUUCGCACAAUAUGAUGAGUGCAGUCUCACUCACAUACAAUGACAUUGUGAGUCUCUUUCAUCUGAGACAAAUCGAGGCCGCUGAAUUCCUGGGCAUCUCUCUGACAUCCCUGAAGAAAGCUUGCCGGCGAGUUGGAGUUUCAAAGUGGCCGUAUUCACGCACUCGUCCUCGAUUUGUUAUCCGUAAGCGCGAGCCCAGCAACGAACCGCUCCAGGCAGAGAAAGUUCAGCCAAAGGAACAGGCAUGCUCGGUUCAGCCUCAAAUCGAGUCGCAACCAAGUUCCACUGCCUCACAAUCUGAACAGAUUAACAUACUCGACUUCUCUUCCAAUUUGUUCGAGGAGUUGAAUGACAAUCAGCCGAUUGAGCCCGAAUCAGAAAUCAAUCCAUUCUCCGGGCUGGAUCUGGAAUGGGUGGACUGGUAUGUGCACGAUCCAUUUCUUGAGAAAGGCGAGUAG